AUUAACUAACUUUAUUUCCCGCAGCAAGGUCGAAAAGUGAAGUUCCACCUGAAACCGGGACCAGAACCACAUGUCUCCGACCGGGUCCAGCCGCUGACAUGCUGGGGCGCGAGGCGGCGGUGCGGGCUCUGUGGUGUGUUUAAUCUCUGCUUCCGCGGCUUGUCGAGACUUUGGCAGAAGCAGCGUGGUGACCGCAGCUAGCUGACAGCAGCUAGCCGGGGAGCAUGGGCUCAGCUCCGGAUCACGGUGCCGGUGCCGGUACCGAGGCCCGUCUGGACGGCAGGCCCGGCUCUGCCGUCCCGUUAGCCGGACAGAUCCGACAGGUGUUCAGCCACGUGCGGAUAGAAAACCUCGUGGCGGGGCUGAGUGGAGGAGUGGUGUCCACGCUGGUGCUGCACCCUCUGGACCUGGUCAAGAUCAGGUUUGCAGUCAGCGAUGGUCUGGAGCUCAGACCCAGGUACAGUGGCAUCCUGCACUGUAUGAAGAGUGUGUGGCAGCAGGAGGGCCUCAGAGGACUCUACCAGGGGGUCACGCCGAAUGUUUGGGGCGCGGGGGCCUCCUGGGGUCUGUACUUCUUCUUCUAUAAUGCAAUCAAAGGGUACACAAAGGAGGGCCGUCAGACCGAGCUGAGCGCCACGGAGCACCUGGUGUCUGCGGCCGAAGCAGGCGUCCUGACGCUCACCAUAACCAACCCGAUCUGGGUGACCAAAACCCGGCUGGUGCUCCAGUACGACGCUGACAAGUCCAGUAAGCAGUACAAGGGGAUGGUGGACGCUCUGGUGAAGAUCUACCGCAACGAGGGAGUGCCGGGGCUGUACAAGGGUUACGUUCCCGGCCUGUUCGGCACGUCUCACGGAGCGCUGCAGUUCAUGGCCUACGAGGAGCUGAAGAGAGACUACAACAAAUACAAGAACGUGGCCUCGGACGCCAAGCUGAACCCGCUGGAAUACAUCACAAUGGCGGCAUUAUCUAAAAUAUUUGCCGUGGCCACCACCUACCCCUACCAGGUGGUGCGGGCUCGCCUGCAGGAUCAGCAUAAUAAAUACAACGGCGUUGUGGACGUCGUUAGGCGGACGUGGAGGAACGAAGGAGCCGCUGGCUUCUACAAAGGCAUCAUCCCCAACUUGAUACGCGUGACCCCCGCCUGCUGCAUCACCUUCGUGGUCUAUGAGAACGUCUCUCGCUUCCUUCUGGGACAAAACAGCUGAGGGAUGGAAGCGCGAGACGCACGGACGAUGGACUGCAGCCUCACGGCAGUGUUAGUGAGGAGACGCAGAGACGAGGUGCCCAGCACUGGCUGCGGUGCACGAACACGCCGGAAAUUCAUGAGGGCAGAAGAAUCGGAGUCGACAGUGGAGAUUUUUAUUUUAUUUUUCCAUAAAACAAAUCUGGACUGUUAAUAAUUAAAGCGCACAAUUAAUACACUGUGAGAAUGUAUGCAGCCUUUCAUCCUCUCGGAUGGGAUACUGUUGUUAUGAGCUUUAAAAAAAAAAAGAAAAAAACAAACAAAAAAAAGCAUACAGGUGUAUGUAAG